CGGCACAGGGAGGGGAUGGGAAUGUGCAGCGAUAGGACCCAGCCAGUGAGGAGCGUUUAGUCGGCUCCAGGCAGAGAGACUCGGCAUCAGUGAGGCGCGGAUAGACUGUGUGAGUGGGAAACUUUUAUCAGAUUUCCCUUCUCCGCGUCGCUCCUGUUUCCCCUAAGGAUAACUCCCUCCUGUACGGACAUGCAGCGUGCUGCGCUCUCCCCAGGGAUACUAAGAUAGUUCUUGGAUAGAGGAGUACUCCUCCCAGAUACAGCCUAAUAAUGAGAAUCCCCAAGAGAUCAGGGAAUCCCAGUCUGCGGUGUCUGCGAAGGCUUGGAGCGCCACAGUGACCCCCAGAGAAGCCCAAAACAAAAUGAGCAAACUGAACUUCCAGAACAAUCGAGUCAUGCAGGACCGACGGAGCGUUUGUGUCUUCCUACCAAAUGAUGAUACUUUGAAUAUCAUUAUAAAUGUUAAAGCACUUUGUCAGGAGUUACUGGAGCAAGUCUGUGACCUCCUGCAUUUGAGAGACUGUCAUCUCUUUGGCCUGAGCGUAAUACAAAACAAUGAGCAUGUUUAUAUGGAGCUUUCACAGAAGCUUUAUAAGUACUGCCCCAAGGAGUGGAAGAAAGAAGCUAGCAAAGGUAUUGACCAGUUUGGCCCACCGAUGAUUAUUCAUUUCCGAGUUCAAUAUUAUGUGGAAAAUGGUAGAUUAAUAAGUGACAGAACAGCGAGAUAUUACUAUUACUGCCACCUGAGAAAACAAGUGCUACACUCCCAGUGCAUGCAGAGAGAAGAGGCCUACUUCCUACUGGCUGCCUUUGCUCUUCAGGCUGAUCUCGGCAACUUCAAAAGGAACAAGCACUACGGAAAAUAUUUUGAGCCAGAAGCCUACUUCCCUUCUUGGGUAAUAAAGAAGAGAGGGAAGGACUACAUCCUAAAGCACAUUCCAAACAUACAUCGUGACCAAUUUGCACUGACCGUGUCAGAAGCACACCUUAUGUAUAUUAAAGAGGCAGCCCGGCUUGAUGAUGUUGCUGUGCAUUACUACAAAUUGUAUAAGGAUAAAAAAGAAAUGGAAGCAUCACUGAUGCUUGGGCUGACAUUAAGAGGAAUCCAAAUUUUUCAGAGUUCAGAUGAUGAGAAGCAAUUGCUGUAUGACUUCCCUUGGACAAAUGUAGGAAAACUAGUAUUUGUGGGGAAGAAAUUUGAAAUUUUACCAGAUGGCUUACCCUCAGCCAGGAAGUUGAUCUACUACACUGGCUGCUCUGUCCGCUCGCGGCAUCUUCUUCAGUUGCUUAGCAAUAGCCACCGCCUUUAUAUGAACUUGCAACCUGUUCUGCGGCAAGUCCGGAAGUUAGAAGAACAUGAAGAAAAGAAACAGUACAGGGAGUCAUACAUCAGUGACACUCUUGAUCAGGACAUGGAUCAGUUAGAGAAGCGUUCUCGUGCCAGUGGCAGCAGUGCAGGCAGUGUCAAGCACAAACGCCUCUCCAGGCACUCGACGGCAAGCCACAGCAGCUCGCACACCUCAGGGAUAGAGGCAGAUACCAAGCACAGGGACAUUGGACCAGAAGACAGUUUCUCGGGGACAUCGCUUCACAGAAAGCUGAAAACCUGUAGCUCAAUGACGAGCAACAGCAGCUCCCAUACUUCUGGGGCUGAGAGUGCUGGCAAGGACAGACUGGAAGAUGACUCUCAAGAAGAUGAAAUAGAGAUGUUGGUUGAUGAUCCAAAAGAUCUUGACCUGCCCCUGGACAUCAGCCCCGACUUGUGUAUUUACAUAACAGAAGACAUGCUGGUUUCCCAACAACUAAAUGGACAUUCAGGUCUGGUUGUUAAAGAGGUAAACUCGUCAACUUCUAGUUCCUCAGAAACAGUAGUGAAGCUGCGUGGCCAAAGUAUUGACUCUAUACCACAGACGGCUUGCAGAAAACCAAAGACUUCUACAGACCGGCACAGUUUAAGUCUGGAUGACAUCCGUUUGUACCAGAAGGACUUCUUACAAAUUGCGGGCCUCAAUCAGGAAACAGCACAGAGCUAUACAUUUGGCUGCGGUCAUGACCUGCAUGAGAGAGGCCUUUACUGCAAUGGCUGUCUUGCUCAGCAAUGCAUCAACAUUAAAGAACCUCUUUCAAGCAAGAAAGCAAGUAAAUAUUUUUCACUUGAUCUCACACAUGAUGACUUCCCAGAGUUUGUAGUGUAACCCAGAUUUUAUAUAUCCAGGCCUGGCUGCCUGCUUUGCCAAACAGAAUAUAGGAAGAGCAAUAUCUCUGUAAUAACUUUGAUAUAAAUAAUCAGACUUCUAAAACUUGUACAGACCUAUUUUGAAUAACAUAAAUGAUGUUCUUUUACAUUUGGAAAAGCCAAGGUACCAUAUUUUUUGUGACUUUUGCAUCCAGAAUAUUUUUAUCUUAUGUACAUCAGAAGUGAGAUGUCUGAAGUUCAGUGCCAUUGGAAAUACAUGGAAGCCAAAGCUAAGAAAAACUCUUGCCAAUAACAGGAGGAAGAAAGGAGUGGUUAAAUGUUUCACACUUAUAGGAAGAAUGGACAUGAUUUUUUGUAAUCCCAGUCUAGCAGCAAUAAUGCCAUGUCAAGCUUCUCAUGUGCAUUAUGUGAAACCCAAGGAAUAAUAAUGCCCUGUCAAUGGAAGCCUAUUUUCUUCUGAAGAGACAUGCUUCUCACGCCUUUUCAUUUGUGCAUACAGCAGCUUGAAUAGCUUUGAAGGCAUAUUUGGAAUUACUUUGUUGUCAUCAUAGGAAAAAGGAAUUUAUCACCAAUCUUUGCUGUGGUUAUUCUGUUGGUGUCUUUGCAGAAUUAGAAUAAUCACUGUAUGUGUUCAGAGAAGGGUAUAGAUUUGUGUUUAUUCUUCAUCUGUACAUUCUCCAAUGCACUCUGGACACUUAAAUAUGCAUCAUGAUUUUAAUGAAUAGGACUUAUGCUUAGCAUACAUUCUGCCUACCAUUUUAAUAAUGAAAACUCCAACAGAGAAAUGGAAGCAACUCCUUGUUGGGUUCAUGCACGGUAGAUAAUUUGAUUCCCAGUGAACAGACAUGCGGGAGCCCAUUAUCCUAGGCUAUUAUCUGUUCAGUGGUAAUCUAAUUAUCUAAGGCAAACUAAUCACACAUGGAGUGGCUUUAGUUUUCCUGUUUAGCUCAAGAAAACAAUAGAUGUUUCAUCUAUCAAUGGGCAAAAAGUAUGUUCAGCACAAGCCCUAGUCAUUGAACAUAUGUUAAAAAUAUGAUGCACUGCGUCUUUAAAGGAGUCAUAUACCUAAUGUAUAAUCUAAUGUACAUUUCUCAGGGUGCUCUUUUAAGCCCUCUGCUGUUCUGUUUAGGCAAGAGCUGUAAAGAGGCAGAAGCUUAAAUUAAGAUUAAGGAAGCAUCUCCUGAUGCUUCCCUGCUCAGUUCUGUCUCUCCUGUCCCUGUCCAGACAGAACUGCAAAGGGUGCUUUUGUUACGCAGACAUGAUUUUGGCUGUGUAAAAACUGCUAAUACACUAUCGUGGAAUCUAGAAAAAAUGGUAAUGUAAAUUGCAUAAGUGCUCAGAAGAGCUCUCUUAUAUGACUCUUGCUCUUAUAAAAAUAUAUACAAUUAUUUAUGUUGUACAUAUUUUGCUGCUGAUUAAAACAUUAGCUCUCUCGAUUGCUGGUAGAUAUUCCAUCCAGAAGUUAUUUCAGUAGUAGAAAGCUAUUUUCAGAUACAUUACAAUGACUACAUUGCUGAAAUGUAGUUACUGAAGUAGGCUGCAAGAGAAGAGUGGUGCCAGCUUGGAUUUGGUCUGAAGUUAAUAUUAUGAAUAUAGAAUAACAUUUGAAUGAAUAACUACCAAACUAGCUGAAAGUUUUCCUUUAAGUGGCAAUCAUUCUCAAACAUUGGCUUUGGCCAGUGCUAAAUUGUAUGUGCUGAAUGAAUGGUACACAUCAAUUUUUUUAGUUUUUGACAUUUGAUCUCAUUAAAUAUUUUUAUAUAUAUUAAAUAUCCUGUAAAAUAUAUGAAUUUUUACUUGUAUAUAUACAUCUAUAGGUCUUAUAGGCUCUUUAUUCAAAUGCUAGUUUUAGCUUGUUAGUACAAUGAUACAUUGAAGGGCUUAACAAAUUCUCCAUCAGUACUUGUGCUGGCCACUCAUGAUUUAGCUGUGUAGCCCUUAAUGCACCACAAACCCCAGAUAUCUAAGAAUGCUGAGGAUUUCAGUUCAGCAAAAGUUGGUUGGGCCAGAACUUGUGCUUUCCUGGUGUAGAGAAAGGCAAAUUAACUAUUUUUCCACGUAUUUAGAAAUUCCAUUUCAUAGGUAUUUUAACAACCUUAUGCACUUCCACCCCAGUUUUAAAAGCAUUAUGUGAAAAUUCUUUAAAGAGUCAUUUAUUAAAGCAUUGCACGACAGAUGAUACAUAUUUCUACAUGAUCCAUGUGUUAUUUUGUCAUGGUGCAUAGUGGGGCAAUGAUAAAACUGUUCAGAUCUAUUCAUUUUGGCAUAUGUACCUUCUGAAGGCGAGAGAGAGACAGCAUAUAAUGGGGUGGAUAGGGACAAUACAUGUGGACGCAUUUGUAUGAGUACUUUCAUCCAAUGAUCUGCUGUUUUUCAGCAAAUGUGUCUUUGUGCCGCUGUCUGGGUCUGCCUGCUAGUUUAUUAGACUGGCUGGGACAUUAGUAGCACUGCCAUUGGCCAAUCUGAUUCAUGGAAAUUGUGCCUGGAGAAAAAAAUCAUCACUUUGAUUAAUGUGCUUGUUAAGAGCUGCAGCAUAUGUAACCAAUUACAGCACAGUACCUAUUUCAUAUAUAUUUUUUUUUACUAAAUGUCUUUUCUAAAUGCUUAAGUUUUGUCAUUUUCUAAAUUUCAGUCUUUUACAAGGAAAAAAAACUAUUUUUGUAUUGUUUUGUAUCAAGUGCUUUUUUACAUCAUUCAUUGCAUAUAAUCAGUGUUAAUACAGUGUUCUGUUAAAAGCAGGAUUAUGUAUAGUGUGGGAUAUUGCUACCAACACUUCUUUGUACAUGCUGUUCUUGUCAUUCUGUAUCUGGUAUAAAUGAAGCUACACAGCUUUGUAAAUAGGUGGGAAUGCUUAGGUAACUAAGAGUGAUGUUUGCAUAGGAUUAUAUAUAUAUAUAUAUAUAUAUAUAUAUAUAUAUAUAUAUAUAUAUAUAUAUAUAGAUAUAUAUAUAGAUAUAUAUAUAGAUAUAUAGAUAGAUAUAUAUAUAUAUAUAUAUAUAUAUAUAUAGAUAUAUAUAUAUAUAGAUAUAUAUAUGUAUAUAGUUCCUCAGGUUGUAUGGGCGAGUGAUUUGUGUAUUUUAAAGCCUUGGCUAUAUGUACAAUAUGUACAGUAUUUUUGGGGCUGCUGAUUGUUUGGUAUAUAGAAUAUUAGGCAAAUUGCUACAUUUUUUCGGCAGGCCAUUGCUUCCCCAUGGAGACUCAGUAAAACUGGAAACCAGUGAAAUAGGAUUUCUUUGUUCUAUAAUUACACGCAUGGUGCCGCCACAAGCAGGAAACCAAUCAGUUUAACCUGUUUCCUAGAGUAAAGAGCACUUUCCAACCAAAUGGCAUUGUGAGUACUAUAUGCUGCUGCUGUGGAUUUUCUGUAGAUGUGUCUCUCCUUAACCUUUAAUUUGGAUUUUGAACAACAGUUGGCUAACUUCACUAUAUCACUGGUAUUCGAGUUCAGGAAAAAAGCAAGAUGACUUCCUACAUUCUUGCUGAUGAACAGAUCAACCUGUACAUUUGUCAAGAAUAUCACACACCACACCCAUUUUUAUUUAAGUCAAUGGAACGUAAAGCCUCAUAACUAAUGUAAAACUGCUCAAAGUACAUUUCUAAGCACUUUUGCAAUUCACCCUUGUGUUUAAAACUAUUAAUAUAAUGGACUUUGAAACAACAGUGCAACCUGGUGGUCACUUGGCAGAGCAAGACUAGUGAUGGGCGAAUCUGUCCCGUUUUACGAAAAUGGCAAAAAUCUGCAAAAUGCAUUGCACUGAAAUGGCGACAAUUAUUUUUUUACCGUUCUACAUGUUUUUUACAGCCAAUUGGAGUUGAUAGGGGGUUUUUUUGCAGCAAAACCUUGCUCAUCACUACACAUGUUCCUUUUCUUGGGGAAUUAAUUUUCUGCUGACUGUAGCCAGUUACAGGUUGUGGUGCUGUUGUUUAAGGUUUCAUGAAACAAGCAUUCUGCCCAUAUACCCAGCUCAGACAUCAGUCAGCACAGCCACUUUCCCAUCAUGCCUCUAAACCACAAUUAUUGAGUCCCCUUUCAGCCAUGAGAAUCAAAACCUUCUUGUAAAGAACUAUGAGGUUGGACAUUUCUGCAAUGUAUUGGUUAUUGCACAACUGAAACUGGGGCCCUAGGAUUGAGUGUCCCUCUGCCUCAAAAUAAAACCAGCACAGAUUUGUGCUGCCCACACAUAUCAAAUAUGUUUUCUAAAGCUCACAGCUAAAAAAAGUAAUUGAAGGCAAGAUUCACCAGUGGUAUAUGUUGUCCUCAAGGGGAGGUAUCCCAUCAUGUGGUGCCAGUAAGGGAGUGCAUGCCACCUAAUGAAGUUGGAGAUUUGGUACUAACACCAAAGGGUGCCCUGGAAAGUGUGAUUUGGGACAAACUCUAUGUUCAGCCAGUUUAGUGUGUGUUGUAGAACGCCUGUGUGAGUGUGUAUAACAACUAGUUAUUGUCACAACUAGUGUGUAUAACAACUAGUAUGUGCCAGGAAUAGUUUGAAAGAUCUGUGCAUUAAACUGCUGGCACCACCCUGCUAAUAUGCAAAGUCUGCACAAUCUUAUGAUUAAAAGUCACCCGUAAGGAGAGUUGCUGCUACAGAAUCUUACAGUCAAUCACUUUUCCAGUGAAUUAUAUUCCAGAGUUUACAACAAUAUCUUAGUAAAUAGUCCUCCCUCCCCCCAUUUCAUAUAGUACAGCAGAAAUAAUGAUAAAGAUGUUGCCAUUGUUUCUGGAUGAAAAAAAGUGUGUGUGUGUGUGUAUAUAUAUAUAUAUACAUACACACACUUGUACCAUGCUAUGAUUUCUUAUGGCUGAAAUAUUUGUAUAAGAUUUUACAGUGUAUAAAGCUGUUAUUUAUUGUGUAUCUAUAACAAAUACAUUCUGGCAGAUCUGUACUGUAACAACA